GGAAAAAAGCUGAGCAGAUUCGCUCGCAUCGUCGUCUCGUCACCUCGCCUCCUCCUCGUCGCGAGCCGGCCGGCCGGCCGCCGCCUCCGUGCCAUUACUGCUGCCCCUGCCCGCUCCUUCCCGGCGCGGCCACUCCGUCCGCCGCGCGCGGCCGGACGAGCCGAGCCCGAACCCCUCUCCACCGUCCGAUCAGAUCUACCUACCUACCUUGCCACCUCGCCCCCCUCGUCUCCUUCCUACACACACCACCGCGUCCGUCCGUCCUCGCCCACCACUACGCCGCCACUACUACCGCCACCACCACCACCACCCUCCGGGGCUCCUGCGAAAACCCCAAACCGCCGACCGGACUCCGCGGCGAAGGUGGAAUCUCCAAUGCGGCUCCGGCUGCUGCUGCCGCUGCUCGUCGCGGCCGUCGGCCUCGCGCGCGCCUCCGACGACGACCCGUUCCUCUCCGGCGCGCCGGCGAACCACAGCUACAACAUCGACUGCGGUGGCGCGACGGACUUCAUCUCGGUCUUCGGCCGCCGCUGGCUCGCCGACCAGUUCUUCUCCGCCGGCGGGGCCGCGGGCAUGGUCGCGGAGCCGCACCGCUUCCCGCAGCCGCAGGAGCGGACGCUCCGCUUCUUCCCGCCCUCCUCGGCCGGCAAGUCGUCCUGCUACUCCCUGCCGCUGCCGCCCGGCCGCUACUACCUCCGCCUCUUCUCCGUCUACGACAACUACGACUCCAAGCUCCGCACCCCGUCCUUCGACGUCUCCGCCGCCGCCACGCUCGUCCUCUCCUUCCGCUCCCCGUGGCCCGAGCCGGCAUCGCGCUACGGGGCCUACUCCGACCUCAUCUUCCCCUCCGCCACCUCCCCCACCUCCGACAUCUGCUUCUACUCGCUCUCCACCGAUGCCCCCAGCGUCGCCUCCAUCGAGGUCGCGCCCGUGCACCCGCUCGCCUACGAUGGCGCCACCACCGGCGCCGACCUCAUCCUCGUCAACUAUGGCCGCCUCACCUGCGGGAACAACCUCUUCGGCCCGGGCUUCACCAACGACUCCGACGCCUUCUCCCGAGUCUGGCAGUCCGACAUCGAUUUCCGGAACAAUGACCUCAACUACGACGCCAUUACGGCCGGCGGGAGGAAGGUUUUCGGCAGCAACCAGCCGCCCAACUACUUCCCCACCAAGCUGUACACGUCGGCGAUCACCACGGGCGGCGAUGCCUCCAACGAGAUCGAGUACCUCAUGCCGGUGGACACCAGGAUGUCGUACAUGGUCUGGUUGCAUUUUGCCGAGAUCGAUGCAGGCAUAGGCUCGGCUGGGCAGAGGGUGUUCGACGUUAUGCUUGCCGGGAAGAACGUGACGAGGAUUGACAUUUUCAAGCAGGUGGGAGGGUUCACGGCGUUCAAGUGGACCUACAUUGUGGACAAUUUGACGAGCUCCACCAUGAGCGUGAAGCUUGUGCCAGUAGUAGGACGACCGAUCCUGUGCGGGCUUGAGAAUUAUGCAAUGGUGCCACUUGAGAUGAGGACAGUACCAAAUCAAGUCGCUGCAAUGAAGGCAUUGAAGAAUUCCCUGAAAAUUCCAGCAAGGAUGGGGUGGAAUGGGGAUCCAUGUGCCCCAAGGACAUGGGAUGCAUGGGAGGGAGUCACUUGCCUCCGCAAGGACAAAGGGCUUGUGAUCACCCAACUGGAUCUUGCAAGCCAAGGACUAAAAGGUUACAUUACUGAUGAAAUAAGUCAUCUGACAGACUUGAUAAGCUUGAACUUGAGCUACAAUUCUUUGACUGGAAGCUUACCUCUUGGCUUAGGCCAACCUUCACUUGCGACAUUGGAUCUGUCAUCAAAUCAGUUUACUGGAAGCAUUCCUGGCACCAUAGGUUCCUCCAAAUUACAAACUGCUUUACUGAACAACAAUCAACUUGAUGGGCAAGUUCCAGAAAGACUUUACUCAAUUGGCGUACAUGGUGGUGUGAUAGAUCUGUCAGGUAAUAAAGGCCUGUGCGGGGUGCCUACUUUACCUGCUUGUGCAUUAUUCUGGGAGAAAGGAGGGCUGAACAAAACUGGCAAAAUUGCACUUGGGGCCUCGCUUGGCUUUGUUCUGCUUGUCACACUCAUAGUGGUCUACAUACUGUGCAUCAGAAGAGGACCGUAUGAUUAUGAUUUUGAGUUCCCUCAAGAUUUGACUUCGAUAUCAGCAAUCUCUGCUAAAAGGAAUAGGUACCAGAGGGCAAAGUCUGUAAUGCUUGCUGAGAUGGAGGCGCACAGUCCAGACGGUUAUUAUACCAACGGGGGUACUCAUUAAAGUUAUGGGCAAUGGAAAUGAACUUCUUUAUACUUACAAAGGAAACACUGGCGACAGUUGCUGGCCUGGAGCAAGGACAGUUGUGGCUCGUGAACAAACUUCACCGGCAUCAUCAACAUGACGUCCUAGUAACUUCAGUCAAGCAUCCAUGGCAUUCUUUUGCAGUUACAUUCACAGCUGAAUUCCAAAUGUAACAUAUGUGCAUGUUUUAUGUGUACUAUAUAUGAGGUGGUGGUGGUGGUACUUUGGUAGUAGACUGGUAGUCGGAGGGGUGCCUUAUUUUUUGCAGAGGCUUUGCUGUCUCGUGUUAGCUUUAGCUUUAGGCGUGUGCACUCCAUCAGCAAUGUAAAUGCAACCAGGUUGGGUCAGGACAGAUUCAGGCGUUUGAAAUGGUUGGGGAUAAAAGCUGUGUACUGAUAGGUGUAUUCUUUCUGUAUAAAACUUGACUUUGAUGGAACUGUCUGACUUCAGGAGAUUGAAAGCAUUAGGUAUUUAGAU